AUGCCCACCCGGUCGAACAAACUGGCCCAACCCCGGAUUCGAGCGGGAAAGGCGUGUAGGCGAUGCAAUCAAAAGCGCAUCAAAUGCGAUGCGAUGCUCCAGACGCCCUGUCGUAACUGUGUGCGCAGUGGGAAUGCAGACUGUGUCCUGCGCCAGUCCAAGAGAGGCACGUAUGCUCGAAACAUGCAACAGGGCUCAACAGCCGCGUCUGGACGGCCUUCACCUGGCUCAGAAAAAUCACGAGCCGUCGACGGUGAUUAUAUGGACGAGGCUGAAAAUGUAGCACGGCCGGGUAUGGACCACAGCACACAGCCAGCGAGUCGGGAUGGCCAACCUUUGUCGCCCGCCUAUCCGGACCAUAUAGCCAACCCACGAGAGCUUCCCAAUGCCUCCGAUGAUGCGGACUCUCCCCUCGUGGCUUUGGGAACCCUCGAGUCUCCUGGCCAACAGCCGUCCGUGAGUCCAGAAGGCAAUGCCUCAUCCUAUCGCGACCUGUCUUGGUCGAACAUGUUUGACCAUUUCCUCAACACGCGCAAGAACACCAAAGAGUUCGUGGACAAAUGCUCCAUCACCUAUCUGGGGGAGUCGUUCCCGCUAGCCAUCGUCCUGGAGGAUCUGAAAGAGGGUGGUCGGCCUAAACUGCACCAUCCAGGGCCGCCAUUUCCCGAGGGAGAGCACCAGGCAGGAUCGCCCAACAGGAUGCAGCCCGCCCAUCUCUUGCCGGAGGAUCUGGAGUAUCUCCAGGUGAAGGGCGUCUUUGACUUCCCUCUGCAGCCGCACCUGGACGCGUUGAUCGCCGUCUUUCUAGAACAAGUCUAUCCCAUGUAUCCGAUUGUGAAUCGGCUGGAGAUUGUCCAGCAGCAUGCCCAGGGAGAGAUUCCGCUGAUUCUGCUGCAUUCUAUAUGCUUCAUUGCAGCGACAUUCUGCCCGCUCCCUCUCCUCUACCAGGCUGGGUUUCCCUCUCGCCGAGAGGCUCGCUUUUCCUAUUACCGCAAGGUCAAGGUGCUGUUCGACUCGGGAUACGAGAUCAACAAGAUCGUCAUUCUCCAAACUGCCAUUCUCAUGUCCUUCUGGGGCGGGGGGCCCAACAACUACUGGAAUUUUUACUCAUGGAUCAGCACGGCGGUGACUGUUGCAGAAGCCGUGGGCAUCCACCGGUCCACCGCAACCACCAACAUGAAGCCCCAGGACAAGAGUCUCCUGCGACGCCUUUGGUGGAUCCUGGUGGUGCGAGACAGCGCGUGCAGCUCCCUUGUUGGGCGACCAUUUCGCAUCGACAUGAACCAGUCCGACACGGAGAUGUUGACGGCCCACGAUUUUGCACACGAUUCCGCCGAUCCCGGUUCGGUGGGCACGCCGGCCCACCAGGCCUUUGCCCUGUAUCAGAUCGAGAUUGCGAGGCUGUCGCUGAUUGUGCGCGAUAUCGUCAUCAGCCGAUUCUAUCCAGGAAGCCCCCAGGUUCACCCCGAGGAGCUCCACGCACGGCUGAAAAAUUGGAGAGACCAGCUGUCUCCCGCGCUGGCGUGGAGUGACGGAUGCGUUGAUCCCCUCCAUGCAUACUCCAUGACGCUCUCUGUACAAUACAACCAUCAUCUCAUCCUGAUCUACCUCGGCCAUGUGCCCAACCACGGUCCAAACAGCCAGAAUGAAGAGUAUCAGCAGAGCAACAUCACCGCCUCGGCGGCCCACGAUAUCUCCGCCGUGGCUAGUACGGUGGUCACCAAGUCCUCUGUACUUCAAAUGCCCCACGAACUACUCCAUGGCAUCUUCCUGGCCCAAGCCGUCUUCUAUACCCAGCUCAGAAGCACCAACAAGCUUCUCGCCCGACUGGGCCGGUCGGAAUUGGCCAACUGCCAAAUGUUUUUGCGUGACUCGUGUGAGUCGUGGGAUCCCAGUCCGUGGAUCAUGCAGCUGUUUGACAACCUCUCCUCGCGUCUGUUUGAGAAACCGCCGGCCCAGAACGAAGAUGAGCAGAAUAAUAGCCUCGCCAUGGCCCAAGGUGAGCCACCUGGAUUAAGGUCGAUGAUCACGUCCAACCCCGACGCUGGGGUCUUCAACGGUCUUCUAGGCUAUGAUCCAUGGCAUAGCGAUCCCAUGCUGUCAUCCUUGUUCAACCUGCCCCCGGAGAUGCUUCUUCCCCAGUGA